GAAGGACGAUUCCCUUCUCAGGAUCGCGGAGAAGAUUACGAAGAGCAAUCUCCGAUGGCAAAGGAGCUUCAUCCUCUGACCAUUGUUUGAUACGGGAAUUGUUUGCGAUUUUUUCGGGAGAAACCCCUAACCAUUUGCGCCAUGCUUCUAUUUUUCGGCCAUCUCGUCCAAGACGCUUGAGACAUCGGUGAAGUCGUACCCAGUCCUGGUCAUCGCCCUUCCAUACUUCGCGUGCUACCGAAUCCAUCUCGUCCAAGGCCAAUUCGGAGCCGGGGUGCACAAGAGACACAGCACUCGAAGCCGAUUCUGAGGGACUGUUGCGAAAGGACAUGCUGUCUUGUCCAUCGCCGUGGUCUCGUGGAUGUCGCACUGGACGUACCAUCAGCCGAACCCACCUCCGCCGUCUGACCCAGGCGCCAGUUCCGAGUUUACCAGCUUCAGCUCUCCAAUUGUUAUCACGAAAUCUCCAGUUGUACUCGAAUCCAUCGUGCUGUACCUCGCCAGAGUCGCGCUACUUCCGACGUCGUUGCCUGUUUGUCCUAAAUGCAAUUUCAUCGCGUCCGUCGACCGUUCUAUUCCCUACCAUCACGUUCUUGGGCUUCCGUACGACCCAAAUCCCUUCUCCGUAGAUACCUCUCUUCUUAAGAGACGCUAUCAUGCUGCCCAGCGGCUGUGUCACCCUGACGCCUGGGCGACUAAAAGCGAGAACGAACGAGAAACUGCACUAGAUCUUUCCAACGUCGUGAAUGCAGCGUACAAUUCUCUGCUUUCUCCUCUUCAGCGCGCCGAAUACAUCCUUUUCCGCAACGGGCGUGAAGUCGGCGAGGCGGACCAAUUGCAGGACAUGGAGCUUAUCGAGGAGAUCAUGGAAAUGAGGGAAGAGAUUGAAAGCUGUCAAGCUUCUAACGCAGAGCGCCUACACACGCUUAGAGAGAUGAAUAAUGCGAAGAUCCAAGAGACCGGCAAGGUCAUUGAAGACCUAGUGCAGAAGCAAGCAUGGGACGCAUUGCACACCGCCGCCGUCCGCCUGAAGUAUCUACAAGGCAUUGAAGAUGCGGUGAAACAGCGAUUGGAUCAGUUUUAAGUACUUGAUUAUGCCUAGAUGCGAUGUAGCAACAAUAGACCAGCUAGUGGCACUAUUGCAUUGCGAUGUAUGAUCAAGAAGGAUGUUAUAUGUGUGGAAUAUCAAUAGAAAUAUUUAG